UUACGGGGCUACGUGGUGGUCGUACGGCCCGUGCGCGCGGGCGGGGUAGGGUAGGGCAGGGCAGGCACGGCGCGGCUCCCCACGCCUUUCACGGAUUCGGCAACCGUCCCCGUCCAUCGGCGCCACCCACCACCGUCCUCGCCACCCCGAAAUGCACACGCACACUCGGCACCACCUCCAUCCCACCUCUUUUACUAAACCAAACCAGCAGCUCGAGAAGCAGCAGCAGCAGCAGCUAGCCGAUCUCCCCUCCUUCCCCCCAUACUCUUUCUUCUCCACCCGUCGCUGCGUCGGCCGACCUAGCUAGCCAGCUCGCUCGCUCGCGGUGGCGCGCGCGAUUGCGGGGUCGGAGGAGGUGGAUCGGGCGGCGGAGAUGGGGCGGGGGAAGAUCGAGAUAAAGCGGAUCGAGAACGCCACAAACAGGCAGGUGACCUACUCCAAGCGCCGGUCGGGGAUCAUGAAGAAGGCGCGGGAGCUCACCGUGCUCUGCGACGCCCAGGUCGCCAUCAUCAUGUUCUCCUCCACCGGCAAGUACCACGAGUUCUGCAGCACCGGCACCGACAUCAAGGGGAUCUUUGACCGCUACCAGCAGGCCAUCGGGACCAGCCUGUGGAUCGAGCAGUAUGAGAAUAUGCAGCGCACGCUGAGCCAUCUCAAGGACAUCAAUCGGAACCUGCGCACCGAGAUCAGGCAAAGGAUGGGUGAAGAUCUGGACGCGCUGGAGUUCGAGGAGCUGCGCGACCUUGAGCAAAAUGUCGAUGCCGCUCUCAAGGAGGUUCGCCAGAGGAAGUAUCAUGUGAUCACCACGCAGACUGAAACCUACAAGAAGAAGGUGAAGCACUCCCAGGAGGCAUACAAGAAUCUGCAGCAGGAGCUGGGUAUGCGCGAGGACCCGGCGUACGGGUUCGUGGACAACCCGGCUGCGGGCGGGUGGGACGGCGUGGCAGCGGUGGCGAUGGGCGGCGGCUCGGCGGCGGACAUGUACGCCUUCCGCGUGGUGCCCAGCCAGCCCAACCUGCACGGCAUGGCCUACGGCGGCUCCCACGACCUGCGCCUCGGCUAAUCGAUCACUUCGAUCGCUCCUACUAGCUUAUAUAUCAAGUGAUCGAUCAAGUUACCACAAUAAGAAAAAAAUUCUGUGUGUUUGUAUUUGUGAAAUGCUGUGAUCGAUGAUGCCUUAUCUCGGUCUCGUGCACAUGAGUCAGUUCAAUGUGUAAUUAACGCCGUAGUGCUCGACUGUGUAUUGUAUUGUAUGAUCUGCUAUGACUUUGGUUGUGAGCUACUUUGCCAGUACUAUAAUAUAUUUUGGUACUUUGUGAUGUCA